AUGUUGCUCAAACCCGCCGUUCUCGUCUGUCUCCUCGCCGAGCUUGGUCUCGCGCGUCAGGCUAAGCGACAGGAUGUUGCACCCGAGCCCAUCUUCACGAGCAUCUCCAACUCUCCAGCCCCCGUUGUCACUGGCACCGGCAGUGCCCUUCCCAGCGCGCCAACGGGCAUCUUCCUGAACACGACCAUCCCCUCCGUCCCCAGUGUCACUACUCUGACCGAGGUCGCGACUGUCACCACGAAGGACUCCAACAAUGUUACCAUUACCGACGUUAUUACAACGGGAAGAACCGUCACUGCGUCCCCAGUCACGGUCAUCCAACAGCCGCAGGUCAUCAUCAUCUCCCAGACUACCUUCUUCCAGUUCCUCUCGGCUCUCGGUGGUGCGCCCCCAGCCGUCAAGUCUGGUGAGCGUGGAGGUUUCAGGGUCGGCGGCCGCCAGUUCGGCCAGUUCCAGUCUGCCUGCUCUGCUGCCUGUAACAUGCAGUUCACCCAGUGCCAGAGCAUCGCCGGAAAGAACUUCCAGGUGACCCAGUGCCAGACUCAACUCAUUGCUUGCCAGAACGCUGCGAAGACUGCCACCGUUACAGUUUCGGUUCCCGUCACUGUGACCCAGACUGUCGUCCUCCCUAGCGGCGGUGUUGUUUCUGGCAUUGACGAUGGCGGCUCCAUCAUCACCACAACCACCUUGCCCCCUGAUGCAGGUGCUACCGUCGGCACUGGUGGCGUUAGCUUUGUGACCUUGACCGCGACCCCUGGAGCUCCUCCUGCCGCUACGCCCGCCGUCCCUGAGACUUCUGCCGUGGCCACCGGCGUUCCCCCGGCUGCUUCCGAGGCCGUCAGCUCCGUCGAUGCUGUUGCCAGCUCCGUCGUCACAACCUCUGCAGUCGUUACCACCAUUCCGGGAGAGUCUGGCCAGCCCCCUCGUGUCAGUACGGUAUACAUUACGAAAACAAUUGAGGGUUCUGCUUCCGAGGCCGUUGGCUCUGCUAUCACCUCAGCAGUAGUAUCCACCUUUGUCCCCGAGCCCAUUGUGUCCACAAUCUUCGUGACCAGAACAAUUGAAGGAUCGGCCGGCGCUGAAGGCUCCGCUGUGACCUCGGCGGUCGUCACUACUCUUCCCGCUGGCGAGCCCGUAGUCUCGACUAUUCUUGUUACCCGCUCCGCCGGCGUCCCCCCCGUCGCUUCUGAAGCCGUCAGCUCCGUCGACGCUAUCGCUAGCUCUGCAGAUGUUCCUCCUGCUUCCAAGGUCGUUACAACCUCUGCCGUUGUCACCACCAUUCCGAACGAAAAUGGAGACGAACCCAUCGUCUCGACUGUCUUUAUCACCAAGACACUGGACAACCCUGCCUCCGAAGCCGCCACAUCUGCGGUAGUGACUACUCUUCCCGCUCAAGGACCCGUAGUGUCUACAAUCUAUGUGACUAGAACACUUGAGGGCUCGGCUGGCGUUGAAGGCUCUGCUGUUACUUCUGCGGUAGUGACUACUCUCCCCUCUCAGGCACCCGUGGUUUCCACGAUCUAUCUGACCAGAUCUGCCGAUGUUCCCGCUGCUUCUGAGGCCGUCAGCUCCGCCGAUGCUAUCGCUAGCUCUGCAGAUGUCCCCGCUGCCUCCAAGGUCAUCACCACCUCUGCUGUUGUCACGACUCUUCCUGCUGAGUCUCAGAAAAUAACAACUGUUUAUAUCACGAAAACAAUUGAAGGUUCUGCGGGCGCUGAGGGCUCUGCAAUUACCUCGGCCGUUGUCACGACUUUGCCAGCUAAGGAGCCUGUCGUGUCGACCGUCAUUUUGACCAAGACCCUUGAGGCUUCCGCUUCUGCUUCUCAGGCUGUUGGCUCCGCUAUCACCUCUGCUGUCGUAACUACUCUUCCUGCUCAGGAACCGGUUGUGACUACCAUUUUUGUUACUAGAACCAUUGAAGGCUCGGCCGGGGCGGAGGGCUCUGCUAUCACUUCGGCUGUUGUCUCGACGAUUCCUGCUCAACAACCCGUGGUCUCGACCAUCCUAGUGACCCGCUCCGCUGGUGUCCCUCCCGUUGCUUCCGAGUCUGCUUCCGCCUCUCAGGUCCAGAAGCCCAUCGAGCCCAUCACCUCAGUCAUUACCAUGACUCUUGCUCCUCCAUCUGGUACUCCGCGCGUCAGCCUCGUCACAAUCACGAUUCAGCCCACCGCAGGUCCUUCCGGCACCGCCCCGGCCAAGACCUCCGCUCUAACCAGCACCCUGCCCGCCGAGACUCCUGGAGCUCCUCCCAGAGUCACUACCAUUUUUGUCACUGAGGCUCCUCCUUCUCCCACGAACACCAAGCCCGCUGGACCUGUUGUAUCCGUCGUAACUGUUACUGUCGGCGAUAUGACUGGCGUGGUUACGAUGACCGUCCCCCAGGCUUCUGCCUCUGCGCCCGCGACCACCGUCCAGUCCGCCCUCCCCAGCGCCGGUGUCGGCGGUGGCAACGGCGGUGGCAACGGCGGCAGCGUCGGAGAGGAGGGCGGCGCCAACUGCCCCCCUGCCGUCACAGUCACAGUAACCCAGAAUGUCACGUCUUGCGCCGUGACCCAAGUCCUCACUCAGACGGUUUCUGUAAGGCCCGCGGCUACUCCCAGCACUGUGGCCAAGCGCGCCGAGGAGAAGCGGGAGGCCGUCUACCACCCCCGUCGCCACGGUCGCCGUGCUGCUGGCUUCUGGUGA